AACAGUAGUUUAUUACAUGUUGUUUCUUUUCUUUUUCCAGGACUUAUAUUCAUCAUAUAAAGUGAGACUCUACGGAAAUAAAACCAAAUAUGAGGGAGGAAUAGAGAUAUUCUACCGAAACCAAUUAACAUGGAACCCGUUGUGCGGAGGUUGCUGGUCAAAUCAAUCUGCUAACGUAGCCUGCAAGGAUCUGGGGUUUCGGGGUGGUAUACAAGCCAAUGUGCUUUUGGAUAGACCUGGAGUUCUAACACAUUAUUUUGACUGUCCCAGUGGAACUGAAACAAGUCUCUCAUAUUGCCAUUUCGAAACUAGUCGGGCAUGUAAUUUUUGCACAAAGGCAGCAGGUGUUUUGUGCGCAGUUGACGGAGGAUGGGGUCAUUGGAGUUCUUUCGGGCAAUGCUCUGUGACGUGCGGGAAAGGACAAAAGAGCAGAACGAGGUCAUGUGACAGACCAAAACCUCUAAAUGGCGGAAAGACAUGCAGAGGCAAUAACACAAUUGUCAAAAGUUGUCAAGAAAACGAAUGUCCAAUUGACGGAGGAUGGGGUCAUUGGAGUUCUUUCGGGCAAUGCUCUGUGACGUGCGGGAAAGGACAAAAGAGCAGAACGAGGUCAUGUGACAGACCAAAACCUCAAAAUGGCGGAAAGACAUGCAGAGGCAAUAACACAAUUGUCAAAAGUUGUCAAGAAAACGAAUGUUCAAGUACAAUAAUUGCUGUGACAGCUGCAUGUGUAAUGGUGGUGAUAGUAACAAUUUGCAUCGUGUGGGCCACAAGAAGACGUUGUGCAAGAGGAGGAGCAAAUGAUGAUACCAACAUUGAGAUACUACAGGUUAAAUAUGAAAAUGGUGUUUCUGCCUCUACUAACGAGGAUGGGCCAAACCCAAAUCAUUCUUCGCCAGGUUCUGAUGGAAUAGCUGUACACACCGAUAACUGUGGUUAUGGCAUCCUUAGUAGAUCUUCUCGACUUCCUGUUGGAAUCCCAGACGAUGACCUUUAUUCGCACACCAAAUCAGGCCAGCUUGAUGGCGAAUACGAUGUCUUUGUUAGAAACAAAGACAAUCCAGACGCGUCUGGAAUAUAUGAUCACGUCCGAAAUGUUAUGGUAGAUGAUGGUCAGUAUGAUGUAUUCCAGGGACGGGACACUUCUCGUGUGAAAAACAACGAAUCUGUUUACGAUGUUGCCACAAACGAUUUACCCUGAGGACAUCAGUACACAUUCUGCGUCUUUGAGGAUGUAUUUCCAU